UGAGCGGAGCGACAAGACAGGAUAACACAGGCACGGGAAAGGUGAGAAUGAGGGCAGGACUCGAAAAAUAAAAAAAAAGAAGAGAAGAGAAGAGAAAAACACAAGGAAAGAAAAGAAACAGACACAGACAAAAAAAAAAAAAAGUCAAUACAAGAAAACAGUGCGGGUUUUUCUCACGACCAAAUAAAUACAAACGAGAGGAACCAGAAAACUAUGAAGCACACUUAUUAAUACCUAUCCAGAACCCACAUAAAGAAAAAAGAUUUAAGAGAAAGGACAUUGUAAAGUCUCUCCUUCUUCGCAUUGAUACCGGUGUACUGCCAGCCACAAUAGCCUCAUGGAUCUUAGAACAGAAAGAAAAGAUAGGUAGCGUUUCAGCGUUUGAAGAACAUUUGGAAAAAAUAUAUAGCUACAUAUAUAUAUAAAUCAGUGGGAAGAAUGGACUGCAGCCUGUUGCGGAGUCUUAUUAAUAGAUACUGUGCCGGAGAAGAAAAUUGGGUGGACAGUCGGACAAUAUACAUUGGGCACCGGGAACCCCCUUCAGGCACAGAUGCUUACAUACCACAGAGAUAUCCAGACAACAGGAUUGUUUCUUCAAAGUACACUUUUUGGAACUUUGUGCCCAAAAACUUGUUUGAACAAUUCCGAAGAAUUGCCAAUUUUUAUUUCCUAAUCAUUUUUCUAGUACAGUUAAUAAUUGAUACCCCAACCAGUCCAGUUACAAGUGGACUCCCACUUUUCUUUGUAAUCACAGUAACAGCUGUUAAACAGGGCUAUGAAGACUGGCUCAGACACAAAGCAGACAAUGCAGUGAACCAGUGUCCUGUCCACAUCAUUCAGCAUGGCAAAGUGGUGAGGAAACAAAGCAGGAAAUUGAGGGUUGGAGACAUCGUCUUGGUUAAAGAAGAUGAAACUUUCCCAUGUGAUUUAAUCUUCCUGUCAUCAAGCAGGGAGGAUGGGACGUGUUUUGUAACAACUGCCAGUCUGGAUGGAGAAUCUAGCCAUAAGACCUACUUUGCUGUACAAGACACAAAGGCAUUCCAUACAGAGCAAGAGGUGGAUACGAUAAACGCAACCAUUGAAUGUGAACAGCCCCAGUCUGACCUUUACAAAUUCGUUGGCCGCAUAAAUAUUUAUCAAGGCCAGGAUGAGCCUAUUGCCAGGCCUUUGGGAUCCGAAAAUCUACUUCUUAGAGGAGCUACCUUAAAGAACACAGAACACAUUUUUGCUGUCGUCAUAUACACCGGCAUGGAGACCAAAAUGGCUUUGAAUUACCAGUCUAAGUCACAGAAAAGAUCUGCUGUGGAGAAGUCUAUGAAUACCUACCUAAUUGUCUACCUAUGUAUUCUGAUCAGUAAAGCUGUGAUCAAUACAGCAAUGAAGUAUGUUUGGCAGAGCGACCCUAACCGAGAUGAACCUUUUUACAACCAGAAAACAGAUUCAGAAAGGCAACGGAACACGCUCCUUAAAGUGAUUACAGAUUUUCUGGCCUUCAUGGUUCUAUUCAACUACAUCAUCCCUGUGUCCAUGUACGUCACCGUGGAGAUGCAGAAGUUCCUGGGUUCCUAUUUCAUAACCUGGGAUGACGACAUGUUUGACAGUGAACUCGGAGAAGGUGCUGUAGUUAACACCUCUGAUCUAAAUGAAGAGCUGGGACAGAUUGAAUAUGUUUUUACAGACAAAACAGGAACCCUAACAGAAAAUAGCAUGGAGUUCAUUGAGUGCUGUGUAGAUGGACAUGUCUAUGUACCUGACGCCAUCUGUAAUGGACAGAUUCUGACCGGUACUGUUGGCAUGGACAUGAUUGACUCUUCCCCUGGAGCAGGUGGACAGGAGAGAGAGGAGUUGUUUUUCCGGGCCCUCUGCCUUUGCCACACAGUCCAGGUGAAGGAGGAAGAAAGUGUGGAUGGGAUAAAGAAAGGGCUUCAGCCGUGUGGAAAAUCCUCCUCUGUUUACAUAUCAUCCUCUCCAGAUGAAGUGGCCUUGGUCGAAGGGAUGAAGAGACUUGGUUUCACAUAUUUGAGACUCAAAGACAAUCAUAUGGAGAUAUUAAACAGGGAUGACGAUAUCGAAAGGUUUGAGUUGAUGGAGGUACUGACCUUUGAUUCAGUUAGACGGCGGAUGAGUGUCAUUGUGAAGUCAAGCACAGGAGAAUAUUAUCUUUUUUGUAAAGGAGCAGAUUCUUCCAUUUUUCCCAGAGUUAUUAAAGGCAAAGUUGACCAAGUUCGAGCCAGAGUCGAGCACAACGCUGUGGAGGGCUUGAGAACACUUUGUGUUGCCUAUAAAACUCUUGCACAAGAUGAAUACGAGAGUGUCUGUAAACAGCUAAACACUGCGAAACUGGCCUUAAAUGACAGGGAUAAAAAGUUGGCUGAGGCUUUUGAUGUUAUAGAGCGAGAUCUGAUUCUGCUCGGUGCAACUGCUGUGGAGGACAGACUACAGGAUAAAGCUGCUGACACUAUAGAAUCCUUACACAAAGCUGGCAUGAAGGUGUGGGUACUGACGGGGGACAAGAUGGAGACGGCAGCGGCCACCUGCUACGCCUGCAGACUGUUCCACAGGAACACGCAGAUCCUGGAGCUCACCACCAAGAGAACCGAGGAGCAGAGUCUCCACGAUGCGCUCUUUGACUUGAGCAAGACCGUACUGAGGCACUGUGGCAGCCUAACCAGGGACACUCUGUCAGGGCUCUCUCAUGACGUGCCAGAUUAUGGUUUAAUUAUUGACGGAGCGACGCUGUCUUCAGUCAUGAAGCCGACAGAAGAGGGCAGCUCUGGCAACUAUAAGGAAAUUUUCCUUGAGAUCUGUAGAAACUGCAGUGCCGUACUCUGCUGUCGAAUGGCUCCAUUGCAGAAAGCACAGAUUGUAAAAAUGAUUAAAACGUCAAAGGAGCACCCAAUCACAUUAGCCAUCGGCGAUGGAGCAAAUGAUGUCAGCAUGAUUCUUGAGGCUCAUGUGGGAAUAGGUAUCAUGGGAAAAGAAGGCCGUCAAGCGGCUAGAAACAGCGACUAUGCAAUUCCUAAAUUUAAGCACUUGAAAAAGAUGCUGCUGGUGCAUGGUCAUUACUAUUACAUUAGAAUAUCUGAACUGGUGCAAUACUUCUUUUACAAGAAUGUCUGCUUCAUUUUUCCCCAGUUUUUGUACCAGUUCUUUUGUGGAUUUUCACAGCAGCCAUUGUAUGAUACAGCAUAUCUUACACUGUAUAAUAUCAGCUUUACUUCCCUUCCAAUACUGCUGUACAGUCUAAUUGAACAACAUGUAAACAUGGAUAUACUUAAGAGAGACCCGUCACUGUACAGGGAUAUAGCCAAGAACUCUCUACUGCGCUGGCGGAUAUUUAUUUACUGGACACUCCUGGGGCUCUUUGAUGCUGUGGUAUUUUUCUUUGGUGCUUAUUUCCUGUUUGAUAAUACCUCUUUCACAAGUAACGGACAGUUAAUGACAGCCAACACAAACAUGAUGUUUGGAAACUGGACAUUUGGCACUCUUGUGUUCACUGUGAUGGUCUUUACUGUCACACUAAAGCUUGCACUAGACACCCAGUACUGGACAUGGAUAAACCACUUUGUAAUCUGGGGUUCGUUACUGUUUUACGUCGUUUUCUCUCUUCUCUGGGGAGGCAUCAUUUGGCCUUUCCUGAACUAUCAGAGGAUGUACUACGUCUUUAUGCAGAUGCUGUCUAGUGGUCCUGCAUGGCUAGGCAUCAUUUUGCUCAUCACUAUCAGCCUCAUUCCAGACCUGCUUAAAAAAGUGAUAUGCAGGCAGCUGUGGCCCACAUCGGCAGAAAGAAUCCAGAAUGCUUUAAAGCAGUCCAAGAAGGACAAUGUCUCAGAGAUUAGCCCUCUAUCCAACCGUAAGACUUCAAAGAGCAAAAGCAGUGAACACAGGAUCCCUCAGCCUACAAGUGAUAAAUAAGAAGACCCUUGCACAAACAGCUGCACUCCUGCUCUGCCUACUAACAUUUCAGCUCACUGCAACCUCAUAACAGCCCUCUUUACAAUCAUCAGCUCAUUGAUCUGCUAUCAGCAUAUGGGCACAAAGCUAGCAAACCACAGUAGCAGAAAGUUAACUUUGGAGAUGCGGGCUCUGAUAUUAACACCUUGGCUACCGAGAUACUGGAGUCAUUACUACUGUAAAUCCUUCAUUGUACUGCAGCCGGUAUUACCUGAUCUUUGCUUUGCUGUUAAUUUAAUCACAUGCUUGUUUUCACAGACUUUUGAACGUAUUUUAUUGUCGAUAAAUCUUGACAAUUCCAUAGCUAUGCUUACAGAAGAUGUAUUGUAAAGCGUGUGUUGUACUGUAUAGAUUGUUGCAACAGUGUUGAAGUGACAACACCCCUAGUGCAAAAAGAGCUGUUCUGUUGUUCAGAAUGUAUAUGUGAUGUUUGAAAAACUCUGAAAGCCAAAAUGCAAUGUACAUUACACUGGACUUUAAAAUUAAUUGCAGGUGAAACCAACCUAUGCUUUAUUUAUGCACGUAUUUAUGCUAAAUGAAUUGCAAGCUUACGCUGGCAGUUCAGCAGAUUAAUGACCACACUCACACCUACACAAAUUACUGUAAAAUAUUGCACAGAAUAAACCCACUUGAGUUCAAUGAAAUGUAUCAAGGAACCACAGUACUAAACUGCUAAAGGGCACAUUAGUAUUUAUGACGUGCACAGUUGCAUCACUUCAAUCCAGUGGCUGUCAGAAUCUUUAUCACAGACCUCAUUGCAUUAAACUCUCCCAUUCUCCAUUACUGUGCAAGUAAUGCGGGAUAUAUGAAUAAAGGGUUCUGGUAACCCAAAACCACUGAGCUCCCUACAUCAAUACAUCUUGCAUACUCUGUUACAUUAAAAACGAAUGACGAUAACCAAAUUCUGACUACUCGUUCACUGCUAUCCAGAUCUUUGCAAACAGUAAGCACUGCUGUGUCUUUAAAUGGAUCUAGUGUGUAGUGUCUCUUAUGUAGGUCUUUUGUAAAUCUUACAAACUGAGUUUUUGUUACUUUUGUACACUGCUAGGAAGAACAUAUUUUUAUUUAUUUAAAUGUCAACAAAGUGCUGCUUUGUUGGUUUUAUUUUACUAAAUUACAAACUAUUAUACCAACUGCAGACACCAUGUUCUCUGUUGUGAAUAGUACAACCAAAUGGAUUCAGUUUCAGUGAUGCCUAAGAUCAUCUAAACUAACCCAGAAUCUUAUUUUGUACAAUGGUGGGCAGAAUGUAAUCAUGCCAGCUUGUAAAUUUUAACAGAAUGUAUUUGUUUUCUUUUUCAAUAAGUUGGCACUCUUUACUUAACUGAGAAUCAGGUCAAAUGUAUACAAUCUGGGGGAAAGGGUAGAAGAUUAAAUUACUUCAUUGUUUGUUUGUGUACAUUUUUUUUUAACGAUUAAUAUCUGUAGAUAAUAUCUGUCAAUAUUCCAGUCUUUCUGUAGCAUAUUCAAGCAAAGAACUGUAACUCUGCCUGUAAUAAAGACAGAAUGAAAAGCCA